CAGCAACAGCAUCAUUUGCAGCAGCAGCAUUGUCAGCCGCAGCACGGGGAGCUGAGCCCUGCUGGCCCCGGCGGCAUGGAGAGCAGGCGCUGCUUUGCCAACCGCUUUGAUGACUACCAGGGCAACCUGCUGGCGGCGCAGGGCAAGGAGGCGGCGCUGCCCCUCAUCACCUCCACCAUCGAGCGCAUCCUGCAGGAGGUGCCCGCCCUGGGCCCCGGGGCCGGGCUGAGCUGCUGCCAGGGUGGGCUGUACGGCGGCGUGGGCCACGCGGCGCAGUGCCCGCUCCUGGCCCCGCCCCGCGCGGCCUGCCUGCGAGCAGCCCGGAGCCUCGUCGAUGCCUGCGUGCGCUACGAGGAGGAGUGGGGCGAGCCUGAUGCCGACACGCGGGCUGCCUUCCUGCUCGGCGGCGCGGGCAUCUACGCGGUGGCCGCGCUCAUCUACCGCGCGCUGGGGCUGCCCGAGUUCGCCCGCCCGCUGGGCCGGUUCUGCGAGCUGUGCGCCGUCUGCGCCCCCAUCACCUUCCUCGAGUGUGGCUCCGAUGAGCUCUUCGUGGGCCGCGCCGGCUACCUCUGUGCUGCCCUGGUGCUGAAGCAGAAGCUGGGCAUGGAGGUAUUAACCCCAGUGCAGAUCAGAUCUAUUUGCCAAGCUAUAUUAGAAUCAGGGAAGCAGUAUGCAGUGAAGAGGAGGAAACCGUUCCCACUCAUGUACUCUUAUUAUGGAACAGAAUACCUUGGCGCAGCUCAUGGACUUUCAUCUAUCCUUCAGAUGCUGCUGUCCUAUUAUGAGUACCUCCAGCCUCCAGAUCAGGAGCUUAUAUGGCAGAGUGUUGACUUCCUUAUGGAGCAAGAACAGAACUGCAACUGGCCUCCUGAACUGGGAGAGACAAUUGAGCGGGAGAAUGAACUUGUCCACUGGUGUCAUGGAGCUCCAGGCAUUGCUUAUCUGUUUGCCAAAGCUUACCUGGUUUCCAAGAAGCCCCAGUAUCUGGACACUUGUAUCUGCUGUGGGGAACUAACAUGGCAGAAGGGCCUAUUGAAGAAGGGACCUGGAAUUUGCCACGGAGUGGCUGGUAGCGCUUAUGUGUUCUUACUCCUGUACAGGCUUACUGGAAACUCUAAAUACAUCUAUAGAGCACAAAGGUUUGCAGAGUUCUUAUUUACAGAAGAAUUUAAGGCUGGCUCCCGGGCAUUAGAAAGCAUAUACAGUCUGUACGAAGGCUACUCAGGGACUGUGUGUUUCCUGAUUGACUUGCUGCAGCCCAAUCAAGCCGAGUUCCCUCUCUUCAGUAUAUUUGUCUAGAGAAGACAGCUCUCCAGUGCCACAUUGGAACAGCCAAGCAGAGGGCACCUGUAGUUUCACUUAUCUGUCUUGAAAGGCUAUUUGCAAACAAGCCACAUUCAGUGGUGCCACUAAUGUGAGCCUUAAUGUUGCCAGCGUCAGGUGAAAACCUAAAUAUACUGGGGUUUGGGGAGGGAAGUCUGGGGUAAAAAAAAAAAAUUAACAGUGUAUUGACAAAUGGGGGGAAUGAAACAGUUUUUCCAAACUGAAAGGAGAGAGACCACCAGUACUAAGAAGUAAAACCUGCUAAUUAUUCAAAUGAGAGUGAAGGAGACAUUUCCAGUCUUUAAUGUGGUGGUGAGUUAGGAAAAACAAGAUGGAAAUCUGACUUGUUGAGAUAUGGAAAAUAAAUAAAAUGAUUUUAAUCCAAAAGGUUUAAAGAGAGUCUCAUAAAAAGAAGUCAUUACAAAACUACAUGCUGCUAGGUGAGGAAAGGUCACUGAAAUGUGUAAAGGCAAAAUCUGUAUUUUCUUAAUAGAACCAGCUUCACUAGUACUAGAACUACAUUUAGUAGUGGUAUUAUAUUUUGAAAUCUUUUUGCUUUCAUAUGCACAUCCUUGUCCAGUAUUCCCAUUGCCCUUGGGGGGGUUUCACAUGUGUAAAUGAGAGCUGAAUCUAACCCUUCCUUUCAGAACUAAGGUGAGGAACACUGCAUGACCACCAUGCAA